UGCCUGCAGGAUUUUAGGGUGACCCAUCCUCUCUAAGGUGGCCGUCCUCCAGGUGCCCAGGCCUCAGGCAGGUCUCAGGGAGGCUUCCCUCGAGGCUUUUCCCGCCAGUGUUCAUCACUGAUUCCUGGGGGCCAGUGUGUGCCAGGUGCUGCCCGCUGCCACUGUCGGUCCCACAGUCGCUGGGCGUCCGCGUUCUCUCUUGACCCCACCACUGCCGGUUGGAGACAGGCUGCCACCUUCCCAGCUCACGGACCAGCGCACUGAGGCCGAGGGCUCAGCGCAGCCGGGGGUCUGACCGCUCCAUGAGAGUCGGCGCUCUGUGGUCCGGCGGGCCCUGGGGAGGGGGCUCGUGUGCCCAGAGGCAUGGGAUGCCCGCAGGUGGCUGGCGAGGGCCUUGGGGCGACCUUUGGUGACUCGGUGGACCUGGGCAGCAGCUCAGAGGGGUGCAUGAGGUCCCUGAGGGAAAUUUCAUGCUCAUGCAGCACUACCAUGAGAGCCACCCCACCCCACCUGAGCGCACUGAGCCUUUCUGCAGGCAGGCCCGGGAGGGCCGGACACGGACACGGAGCGUGCCGCGGAAGCCCUCUCCUCCCUCCGCCUCUGCCCUCGGCCAGGGCCCCGCUGGAGGAGGCCGACUGCCUGUGGCUAGAGUCAUGGGGCGCCAGGGGCCCCUAGUUGUCGUUACCAAGGAAACGUGUGUGUGUGUGAGCCUGGAGGAGAGAAGGCACCUUGUGCGUGUGCAGGCGUGGACUGCCCGCUGGGCAGAUGGCAGGGCUAGUCUGGCCCCGAAGGGCACCCAAGACCCCCAUUCUACCUGGAGGGCAUCCGGGCUUGGCCUACAGCUGCUUCUCUCUGCCAGCCAGGGACACGGCCUCCUGCUCACCUGUCACCCUGAGAAGGCUGAUCAAGUGACACACUGACCAGGCGCCACCCAAGCCCAGUUUCCCUGCCUCGUCCUCAGGGCUCCAGGCUGUGCCCAAGGAUAGUGGGGUGUGGGGGCCUCUCGCCAGGGCCCCAGAGGCACCAUGUCCCCCUCACCGCACUGACCCCAGAGGUGGAAGGCCAGGCAGUGUGUUCAGAGGCCUUGCUCCGACUGGGUCCCAGGGCCAGGCUGGGGGUGGGACGGGAGUGUCCCCUGAGGACACAGCCAGGCAUGCUGCAUUCUUUUCUCCUAACACUCUGCCUAGAGCUGCCUGGACGCCUGCCCUCAGGGGAGGCGUUUUCUCCGCAUCAGCUGUUUGCCGGGCCCUCUGCUCCACCGCCCCCUGAGCUCCCAGUCCUGCCUGCAGGGCCCUGGGGGCCUGGCACUGCCCACGCGGGCUGUCUGCUCUGCUAGCAGAGGGUGGCCCAGGGGGCCAGAGCGCUGCCCUUCCUGCCCCAGCGGGUCCCAGGGACAGAUGCCAGGACUGUUGGUUGCUUUUCUUUUCUGCCCCUGGAAGAGGGGCCUGCACUUUCUGCUGGAGCCCCAGGGCGGUGGAGCCAGCGCCUCUGUUGUCCCUGGGCAGGCGGUGAACCGGUGUCUGUGCUCAGCAGCGCUCUUGCAGUCUGUGUCAGGCCUGCCGCUGCUGCACCGGGAAAGCACAGACAGGGUCGGCCCCCUGGGGCCGGAGCAUCUCCCCAUCUGUGCAGCAGGGUGGCUGCUCCCCCAUCCCAGGCAUGCGUGGCUCUCAGCGUCCUGCCUGCACCCCUCCCCUCCACCUGGCUGGCAGAAGAGGGCCCCCGGGUGGGGGCAGGGCGAGGGAUCACAUGACACUGCAGGGCUGGGCCAGCUGCUGGGCUGCCAGCAAGGCCUACGGCUCACUGAGGAGCUGCGGGGGUGGCCGCCUGGCCCCAGCCCUCCUGUGGGUGGGCCUGGCUGGGGACACACUUAUGUCCAGCAGGCAGUGAUGGAACCCAGGUGGGAGCAGGUGCUGUGCCAGGUCCCCAGGUUAAAGUCCAGCGUCCUGAGGCAGGAAGGUCCUGCGUGAGACCUGUGCUGCCGGUGACAUGGGCCACCAGGCAGCCAUCCGCCUCCCAGCUGGUCCAGAUGUGGCUAAAAUCCCCAGGAGCGGGAGAGACCCUCCCAGCUGAGCUGCUGGCCAUUGCAGGAGGCAGACUCUGACCUCUGAGGAGACCGGGGUGGUCAGGGGCCCUGGGCACUGUGGCCUCUGAAGCUUGUCCCUUCCCAGGGGUGACUUUCUAGGCAGGGGAGAGAUUUGCCAGGCGGGAUAGAGGAGAGUGCGCAUCUGUCUCAGUUUUCCUGUGCAUGGGAGGGCCAGACCGCCCCAGGCGUGGGCCGCUCAGGGGCGUGGGUGGGCCCGCGGUUCCCUGCUAACUUCCAAGACACAGGGCCGGCUCUCCUCCAGGGGGGCGGAGGGCCAGGAGCCCAGGGUGAUGUCUGCGGCCUUCCAGUUGGUAGGAAGCCCGGCGUGGGAGGGCGACCUCAGGUCAGAGGAAGUGGAUUCUGAGGGUGGGCGCAGCCCGCGGCGUGCUGGGCACCUGGCCCUGCCCUGCAGCGGGUCUGGCAGCGCGGCCCAGGCUGAGUCAGCACUUUCUCUCAGCUCCCGGUGCUGACUCCAUUUGCAGCGGGACCCCGUACCUCCCUGCUCCCCCUAAAGCCUCAGAGGCGGUAUCUUUGCCCCCAGGCUCCCCUCCCCACGGCAAGCUCACCCCUUCCCUGGACCAGGCAGACGGGCAGAUGUGGCCGAGUGGCUCGGCUUUGGCCGGCCCCGAUGAUGUGGCCCCUGGCCAGCCUGCCAGACCGGGGGUGUCUUUGUCUCCUAAAACAAGGACCUUUCCUUUCUGCACGGGGAUCUGGACAGCAGCCAGAUGACCCCUGCCUGUCCCAGCCAGGGCCCCGUGGGCUUGGGGUUCUGUGGAAGCCAGCGUCUGCCCGGAUUCUGUCGCCGUCCCCGUUCACGCACACCCCCUCACGUGGUGACGGACGGGGAACUGGGAACUCCGCGGUUGCCCAAGAGGCACAAGGCAUGAAUGAGCAGAAAGGGAAGGAAGUGGCCGCGAUGUGGCCGUCAGGGAUGCCCCAGACCCGUGAUGCUGACUCCAGGGCUGGGCCGAGAGGAGCUGCCCACUGCUGCUGGCUCAGCAGAGGCCGGGGCUGGGCGCAGGAGGAGUGUGAGGAGAUGCCUUCUCAGGGGUGCAGCUGCCUGAGCCUCAGGGUCCCCGCUGCACCAUUUACCUGAUGUGCAUGACCUCGGGCCAGUUGCUCUGCUCGGCCUCCAUUUACCCACCUGUGAUAUGGCUGAGUGACAAUACCCGUCUUGGAGGGGCUGGCUUGAGGAGUGGGCCAGUCCUGGGCAGGAGCAGGUCGCUGGGGGCCUGGAAGCUGCGUGGGCCCAUCGUGUUCACAUCCCAGAGCUCCACACAGGAGAUCGGCGAGGAGCUGAUCAACGGGGUCGUCUACUCCAUCUCCCUGCGCAGGGUGCAGCUGCACCACGGUGCCAGCAAGGGCCAGCGCUGGCUCGGGUAUGAGAACGAGUCGGCCCUGAACCUUUACGAGACCUGCAAGGUGCGGACGGUGAAGGCGGGCACGCUGGAGAAGCUGGUGGAGCACCUGGUGCCCGCCUUCCAGGGCAGCGACCUGUCCUACGUCACCAUCUUCCUGUGCACCUACAGAGCCUUCACCACCACCCAGCAGGUGCUGGACCUGCUGUUCAAGAGGUACGGUAGAUGUGACGCCCUCACGGCCUCCUCUAGAUAUGGCUGCAUCCUCCCCUACUCCCAUGAGGACGGCGGACCCCAGGACCAGCUUAAAAACGCCAUCUCCUCCAUCCUGGGCACCUGGCUGGACCAGUACUCGGAGGAUUUCUGUGAGCCUCCGGACUUCCCCUGCCUCAAGCAGCUGGUGGCCUACGUGCAGCUCAACAUGCCCGGCUCAGACCUGGAGCGCCGCGCCCACCUGCUCCUGGCCCAGCUGGAGCACUCGGAGCCCCUUGAGGCAGAGCCUGAGGCUCUUUCACCAGCUCCGGUGCCAGCGCUAAAACCAACGCUGGAGCUAGAGCCAGCUCCGGCGCCCGCCCCAGCACCCAGCCCCGUGCCAGCGCCAGCCCCAGAGCCAGAGCCUGCGCCAGCCCCAGAGCGGGAAGCAGCUCCAGCUUCAGGGCUAGAGGUCGCUCUAGCGCCGCCUCUCGAGCUGGAGCCAGUUCUGGUGUCAGCUCUCAUGCCAGCGCCGGAGCCGGAGCCGGCGUCCACACCAGCUCCGGAGCCAGCGCCAGCGUCCACACCAGCUCCGGAGCCGAAGCCAGCGUCCACACCCGCUCCGGAGCCGGAGCCAGCUCCGUCACAGACUCUCGAGCUAGAGCCAGUUCCAACGCCGGCCCCGUGCUCGGAGCCUUCCUGGCCUUCACCUGCGGCUGCAGAGAACGGGCUGAGUGAGGAGAAGCCUCACCUCCUGGUGUUCCCUCCCGACCUGGUGGCCGAGCAGUUCACGCUGAUGGACGCGGAGCUGUUCAAGAAGGUGGUGCCCUACCACUGCCUGGGCUCCAUCUGGUCCCAGCGGGACAAGAAGGGCAAGGAGCACCUGGCACCCACCAUCCGCGCCACCGUCGCCCAGUUCAACAACGUGGCCAACUGCGUCAUCACCACCUGCCUCGGGGACCGGAGCAUGAAGGCCCCGGACAGGGCCAGGGUGGUGGAGCACUGGAUCGAGGUGGCCAGGGAGUGCCGCGUCCUCAAGAACUUCUCGUCCCUCCACGCCGUGCUCUCCGCCCUGCAGAGCAACUCCAUCCACCGCCUGAAGAAGACGUGGGAGGAGGUGUCCAGGGACAGCUUCCGGAUCUUCCAGAAGCUGUCGGAGAUUUUCUCGGAUGACAACAACUACUCGCUGAGCAGAGAGCUGCUCAUCAAGGAGGGGACCUCCAAGUUUGCCACCCUGGAGAUGAACCCCAAGAGAGCCCAGAAGCGGCCGAAGGAGACGGGAGCCAUCCAGGGCACCGUCCCCUACCUGGGCACGUUCCUCACUGACCUGGUGAUGCUGGACACUGCCAUGAAGGACUAUCUGUAUGGGAGACUGAUCAACUUCGAGAAGAGGAGGAAGGAAUUCGAAGUGAUCGCCCAGAUCAAGCUGCUGCAGUCAGCCUGCAACAACUACAGCAUCGCGCCCGAGGAGCACUUCCGGGCCUGGUUCCGGGCCGUGGAGCGGCUCAGCGAGACAGAGAGCUACACCCUGUCGUGCGAGCUGGAGCCUCCUUCCGAGUCGGCCGGCAACACCCUCAAGACCAAGAAGAACGUGGCCAUCGUCAAGCGGUGGAGCGAUCGCCAGGCCCCCAGCACAGAGCUCAGCACCAGCGGCAGCUCCCACUCCAAGUCCUGCGACCAGCUCAGGUGCGGGCCCUACCUCAGCAGCGGGGACUUCGCGGACGCGCUCAGCGUACACUCCGCCGGCUCCUCCAGCUCCGACGUGGAGGAGAUCAACGUGAGCUUUGUCCCGGAGUCCCCCGAUGGCCAGGAAAAGAAGUUCUGGGAGUCGGCGUCCCAGUCGUCUCCGGAGACCUCGGGCAUCAGCUCCGCCUCCAGCAGCACCUCAUCCUCUUCGGCCUCCACCACGCCCGUGGCCGCCACACGCACCCACAAGCGCUCCGUCUCAGGGGUCUGCGGCCACGGCUCCUCACUGCCGCUCUACAACCAGCAGGUGGGCGACUGCUGCAUCAUCCGCGUCAGCCUGGACGUGGACAACGGCAACAUGUACAAGAGCAUCCUGGUGACCAGCCAAGAUAAGGCUCCGGCCGUGAUCCGCAAGGCCAUGGACAAACACAACCUGGAUGAGGACGAGCCAGAGGACUACGAGCUGGUGCAGAUCAUUUCAGACGAUCGGAAGCUGAAGAUCCCUGAGAACGCCAACGUGUUCUAUGCCAUGAACUCUGCCGCCAACUACGACUUUGUCCUGAAAAAGCGGAACUUCGCCAAAGGGGCAAAGGUCAAGCACGGAGCCAGCUCCACCCUCCCCCGCAUGAAGCAGAAAGGACUCAAGAUUGCCAAGGGCAUCUUCUGAGGGCGUCUCCCCGGGUCUGGCUGGCCGGGAGCUAAGAAUUUACAGGCUACCCUGGCCUAGGCCCGCCGGGCACCCGCCGCCCACCCGCCAGCCCAGGGCACCCCAGACUCCACUUCCAUCCCGAACCUCUCCUGCUGCCGGGAUUGACGCCUGCCGCGUGCUGGGCUGACCUGGCCUCCCGCGGACCACUCGCUGCCUUAGGUGCCUUCUGCUCUCUGGAACCAGAGGACUAGCCGACUUUUGCCAAGGAGCGGUGCCAAUGGGCAAGGUGCCCUGGUACCAUGGUGCCUGCCCCUGGGCACUGCCUCUGUACACUCCCUGACACCUUCCCAGGUGCGGGUCACUGCCACCUGUGCCACAGGCACCCCAGAGCACCCACUCACCCACCAGGUCUGACCACUGCAGUUCUCUCCUCGUGCCCACGGGCACCGGCCCGUGACCUUUGCAGGGGUCCUGGCCCCUCCUCCCGCCACUCUAGCCUUUCUAGGCUGCACCAAAGAUUCCAUCAUCAGGGCCAACCGAGAGUGAGGGAGUCUCGCCCACCACUUGCCCCAGCCCUCCCCCGGGAGAGGAGAGAGAAACCCUCUUCAUGGACCACACUCUUCACCCAGUGAGUGAGGACAGUCCCAGCUGCGUCCCAUCCAUGUUGACUCUCACGCCACUGCAAGUGCCAUUCACCGCUGCAUCCUGGGCUUUCCGAGACCACACGGGACGGGGGUUGCUGGGGAAGGAGGGUUUGGGGUGGGAAGGCGAUUGAAUAUUUGUAUAAAAAGGAAAAAAAAAAUGUUUACUGAUUGGGGAGGGGCAAUAUUUAUUUGUUGUAAAUAGCAAAUGCUAGACUUGAAUAUUAUAUUAAAAUCCUGUUUCUACUA